UUGAAGAGAAGAAGAUGAGUUUACAAAUAAAAAUAUAGUACAAUAGCACAAAAGAGAAUCGGUCACCAAUUUCUAUAGUUAUAUUGCCUUUACCUUUUGGUUAAGGUCACAUAUCCCUUAGAUCUUAGCAAAAAUUUAUUUUUUGGAAUCCAAUGGCUAAGAUGUGUUGUGGUAUGCAGUAAAAGUAUAUGAGGUAUUACAUAAUUUGCCAUAAUAAUAAAGACAAAUUGAGUGGUAUACAGUAUACACGCUGGGCCCAUGCAUGCAAUAUCAUAAAAAUUAACCAUUUAAAAAUAAGGAAAAAAAAAAGCUUGAGCUUUACAUUGCGCCAUUGGAAUGGAAUUUAUAUAUAGGAAUCCAAUUUGUACUCUGUGAAUUGAUACAUAUCUCAUCAUUAACUGCGUAGAGAUCAUAUCCAUACCAUGAACGACAUCAAAAUCCGAUUCAUCUCAACUACUCUCGUUCAGCCAGCGAAUCUCCACCAUAAGGAUGAUGGUGAUGAUAUUAAUCACAGUGAGUUAAACGGUGAACGACUAGACCUAACUCCGUGCGAUCUUCGACUCCUCGAUCUUCAUCACAUUCAAAUGGGUCUUCUUUUUCAUAACAAGCCACCGUCCGAUUCCGAUACAAACUUCAUCCAACACUUACAAGUCACUCUCUCUCGUACGUUGGAUAUUCUUUAUCCUCUCGCCGGCCGACUCGUCAAGACCAUAAAUACCGACGAUGAAACUACUUGUUUCCACGUUAACUGUGACGGAGCCGGAGUCCUUUUCGUUCACGCCGUUACUGAUGGCAUCACAGUGGCGGAUAUUCUCGAGCCAGUCAUUAUCCCAAACGACAUCGUUUACCCUCUGUUUUUCUUAAACGGAGUUCCCAACUACGAAGCCGCCGUUUCAAAUCUACCUUUGUUGGCCGUGCAGGUAACUGAACUCGUCGACGGUCUCUUUGUCGCGUGUAGUGCGAACCAUGCUGUCAUUGACGGCACGUCAUUCUGGAAGUUUAUCAACGUUUGGUCAGAAAUCUCACGCGAGGGCAGCUACGUUAAUAACGGCAUCGUUUUCAACUCAGACGGCGGCAAUUUCUUCCUCAAUCUCCCGAUCCGAGUCCCAUUCUUCUACGAAGAUGAUCAUAAAGAAAACUCUUCUUCAUUAUCAUCAGAAACUGAUCUACAACAAAAGAUCAUGAUCCAUUUUUCCAGGGAAAGAAUCAUUGAGCUCAAGGCAAAAGCCAACGCCGAGAUGGGGUUCACCAAUAACGAGAUCUCGUCUCUUCAAGCGCUGAUGGCUCAUCUUUGGAUAUCUGUGACACGUGUCAGGGAUCUGAAAUCCGACGAUGAUGUCUGUUACAGAGUAGCAAUGGGGCUGAGAUCAAGACUUGAGCCACCGCUGCCAGAAGGCUACCUGGGAAACGCGGUUCUUGGUGUGAACGUAGAGUGCAAAGGAGGGGAGCUAUUGGAUCGUGGAUUGGGUUGGGCAGCGGCUCAAAUUAGAGAAAAGAUUCGUUCCCUUACGGCGAUUGAAGCGAGAAAGUACUUGGAGGAUUGGAUUGAGAGGCCUACGUUAGCAGGUGUAGGAAAACUGCCGCCAAACUUAUUGUUAAGUGGUGGUUCGCACCGGUUUAAUGUCUACGGUAAUGAUUUUGGUUGGGGAAGACCAGUGGCGGUUCGAAGUGGUCUGGGCAAUAAGAUUGACGGUAAGCUAACGCCGUUUCCCGGGGCUGAAGAGGGAAGUGUUGACUUUGAAGUUUGUCUUUUGCCGGCUACAAUUAAAUUACUGGUACACAAUCAUCACCACAUUUGAAGUUGAAAGAAAAUAAAAGAGUACAAAGAAAAAAGGAUAAUUUGUGUCAUAACCUCCUUAAGUGGUUCUAAAUUUUUAGUAGUAAAACCCCCUAAACUCGUAUUCUGAUAACAGUUUAAUAUUUCCAUCCAUUUUUAGCUGUAAACUGUCAUGGUGGAAUGUCUACGUGGCCACAGUGUACACGUAGCAUAAUUUUAUUGGUUCACGUAAAUAAAUAUUAAAAAAAUUAAUUAUUUUAAAAAAAAAACCAAAAAAAAAAUUAAUUUUUCUUUAAAAAUUAAAAAUUAAAAGUUAAAAAAACAAUUUUAAAAAAAUAAUUUUUUUUAAAAAAAACCCUAACCCCCUAAUUCCCUAAUUUAUCACGGCCUCCUCCUCCUCCUCCUCCUCCUUCUUCUUCUUCUCCUCUACUAAAACAAACCCUAAUCUAAACCUAAAACACAUUUCUUUCACCCUCUCUCUCUUACGGGACCCCAACCUCAAAAUCCCGACCGCUCCUCUCCCUCUCCAGACCAGGUACCCCGCCGCCGACCACCUCAUAACAGUCAAAGAUGUCCACAGCCACCCAUCUGCUCCUUUCGCACAGCCACCCCAACCUGAUUCCUGUCUCUCUCUCUCUCUCUCUCUCUCUCUCUCUCUCU